UUUUAACUCCCCAAUAACCCCCAAAACCCUCUUUAUACCUCAAUCUCCAUUUCAAACUUUCCCUUGCCAUCGGAACACUCAAUCCAAACAAACAAGGGUUAAACCCUAGCUCAGUAUCCUCUGCUGCUUUCAUCUUUAUUUUCUCUUCCAGUUCCAUGUAUAGUAAUGUAGAUCAAAACUAAAACUAAGAAGAAGAAGAAGACCCAUAGAUCAAAACCUGUUAAUGUCCUCACUUAUGGCCUCUUUGGCAGUCUCUAAACCCUGCGAGUCACCAGAUUUUCAUUCCCCUACUUACUCAGUCCCCUCCAUUUCUGCACUUUAACCCAAGAACCAAUCUCCACUGUCACUGAAAUCCUGCAACCUACCCUACAACCCCAAUCCGAAACCGAGACGCCAAAUGCGGCUCCAGAGAAUCAAAAGCAGCAGCGAAUCCUGCGAGCUAAGCGUCCGUACCUAAGAAAAAUUAGAGGAUAAUGUACAGAAUGAUGGCCAUGGGGCCUGGACGACCUAGUUGCAGAACUCGAUCCGGGAUUUGGUCCUCGACUUUGACCAUUCUUUAGUCUUUAAUGUUCUGUACGGUGCUUGUAACUCUGAGCGCCCGGGUUUGUUUGGACAUGACCGUGAGAACCAUAUGAAGAUCAUUGAGAUUUUGGGUCGAGCUUCGAAGCUCAAUGUUCUGUACGGUGCUUGUAACUCUGAGCGCCCGGGUUUGUUUGGACAUGACCGUGAGAACCAUAUGAAGAUUAUUGAGAUUUUGGGUCGAGCUUCGAAGCUCAAUGUUCUGUACGGUGCUUGUAACUCUGAGCGCCCGGGUUUGUUUGGACAUGACCGUGAGAACCAUAUGAAGAUUAUUGAGAUUUUGGGUCGAGCUUCGAAGCUCAAUCACGCUCGUUGCCAAAGAAGGGUGUUGAGUGGGAUGAUGAUAUGUUUGUAGUGCUCAUUGAGAGUUCAAGAAGCUGUUAAGAUAUUUCAGAAAUGAAUGAAUUGGGUGUGAAGAGUUUAUAUGAAGAGUUAGGAUGCUUUGUUUAAGGUGAUUUUGAGGAGAGGGAGGUAUAUAAUGGCUAAGUGGUUCUUUAAUAAGAUGUUGAGUGAAGGGAUUGAGCCAACUAGCCAUACUUAGAAUAUUAUGCUUUGGGGUUUCUUCUUGUCAUUGAGGGUCGGCAAUGAGCUUUUAUGAGGAUAUGAAGAGUAGAGGAUAUCCCUGAUGUGGUUACUUAUAAUACGAUGAUCAAUGGAUAUUAUAGAUUUAGAAAGAUGGAGGAGGCAGAGAAGUUGUUUGUGGAGAUGAAGGGAAUGAAUGUAGCUCUUACAGUUAUUAGUUAUACGACUGUAACUAAUAAUUCCAUAUUUUUGAGUUUGUUAUCUAGCCAGUGCAGGGCUGGAGAUUUGAGAGCUGCUGAGGAUGUGCAAAAGGCAAUGAUACGAUUGAGUAUACCAACAGAGGCUGGCCAUUAUGGUGUUUUGAUAGAAAAUUUCUGUAAGGUUGAGGAGUAUGAUCGGGCAAUGAAGUUUUUGGAUAAGCUUGUUGAGAAGGAAAUUAUUUUGAGGCCACAGAGUACUUUGGAAAUGGAGUCCAAUGCUUAUAAUCGUAUCUGUGCAGUAAUGGGUAAACAGGAAAGCGGAAAUCUUUUUCCGGCCCUUGAUGAAAAAGGGCGUUCAGGAUUCGAAUGCGUUUAAUAAUUUGAUCUGUGGGCAUGCAAAAGAAGGGUCUUCUGAUUCUGCUUUUGAAAUUAUAAAGAUCAUGGGUAGAAGAGGCAUCCCUCGAGAUGCGGAUGCUUACAUCUUGCUCAUCAAGAGCUACCUGAGGAAAGUUAAGCCAGCU